AUGCCACCCAAACAAACAUCGUCAUCAUCAGCUACUGCUGCUGCACAAGCAGCAAAAACUAAUCAUGCAAAUCAAUGCAAUCCUAAUCAUCCCGAAUUUCAAGGUCAUCAACAGGGCUAUACCGGUAAAGGUAAUAAAGCUGAUUUAGAUCAUCAUGCAAAACAAUUAAAUCCCAACAAUGAACUUUUUCGACCUCGUGGACCGAAAUAA